AUGACUCAGGAAUCAACCUCAUCGCUGGUCCAAACAUGGCUCCAGUGGGACCAGGACCCCAAGACUCGCGCGGAAAUAGAGCAUCUCCGGGAUGCCAACGAUUUGGAUGCACUGGAAUUGUGCCUCAGAAAUCGCAUUGAAUUUGGCACGGCGGGCUUACGCGGCCGCAUGGCAGCAGGCUUCUCUUGUAUGAAUUCCUUGACGGUUAUUCAAGCUUCUCAGGGACUAGCAAAGUAUAUCCAAACCCAACGGCCUGAGAUCGCUGCUAGAGGUAUUGUGAUUGGAUACGAUGCACGACAUAAUUCUCGCAGAUUCGCCGAGCUUGCUGCCAAUGCAUUCAUUGCAUUGCAUAUUCCGGUCUACUUCUUCUCAAAGACAUCGCCGACUCCAAUGGUUCCCUUUGGUAUCAACUACUUCAAAGCUGCUGCGGGUAUAAUGGUGACUGCAAGCCAUAACCCACCUCAAGAUAAUGGCUACAAGGUCUAUUCUAGUAACGGCGCUCAGAUCAAUCGGCCUGAAGAUGGAGAGAUAGCUCAGGCUAUCCGCGAUAAUCUCGAACCUUGGGCAAGUGCAUGGAGUGAACUCCAGCCCGGCGAGUACUUGCAUGCCGACGCAUAUGAGAAUCUCAUUCUCCACUACAGGGAGCAAGUCAAAGAAUACGCAAAUUCGACAGUUUCAGAGUCGAGGAAACUUAGUCCAUUUAUUUAUACACCUCUUCAUGGCGUUGGAGGCUUGGUCCUCCCAGAUGUAUGUGACUCUCUUGGGGUGGAAAACUUCGUAUCUGUCCCUCUUCAAGCAGCACCGGAUCCUGAGUUUCCUACGGUUAAAUUCCCCAAUCCUGAAGAGGCUGGAGCUCUUGAUCUUGCCAUACAGACAGCCGAUGAGGAAGGUAGGACUCUGAUCAUUGCCAAUGACCCGGAUGCAGAUCGAUUCGCGGCCGCGGAAAAGGUGAACGGUGAAUGGUUUCUUUUUACUGGCAAUCAUAUGGGUGCUCUAUUGGCAUCUCAUAUCCUCGAUUCCUUCAAGAGCAGCGAUGAUCUAUCGAAGGCUACAUUCCUGACCACGACUGUCUCCAGUGGCAUGCUUAAAAAGAUGGCAAAGGCCAAAGGAGCUCAGUUUCAAGAGACAUUGACUGGUUUUAAAUGGAUGGGUAACGUUGCUCGAGAUCUCGAACGCACUGGAAGAAUUGUUCCAUUUGCCUACGAGGAAGCACUCGGCUAUAUGUUUCCUUCAGUUUGCUACGACAAAGAUGGGAUUACAGCUGCUGCCGUCUUUCUAUUGGCCUAUGCCGAAUGGAAGUCCCAGGGGUUAACUGCGCAUGCGAAGCUCCAACAGCUCUUUAGGGAAUUUGGUCAUCACGAGACGCUGAAUAACUACUUCCGAUCUCCGAACCCGGAACUUACCCUCGAGCUGUUCCGUGGAAUUCGAAAAGGCUCAUUCCUUGCUAACAUGAAGUUUGGGGCCUUCAAAAUUCUUCGCUGGAGAGACCUGACGGAAGGAUUUGAUUCCGCAUCUUCAGAAAAUAAACCAGAUCUGCCUGAAGAUCCCACCAGUCAGAUGCUGACCCUCUGGCUGGAAGGGGGAGUGCGAUUCACGAUCAGAGGCUCGGGCACGGAGCCAAAGGUCAAAUUCUACAUUGAAAGCUGUGGCACCUCUCGUGACAACGCCGUCAAGGCUGUCUGUGAAACAUUCCUCACAAUUAGGACGGAAUGGGUUCAGAAAUACACCCCUUCUAUGACCCACAGCGACCAGCUUCCGACCUCGUCGGGUCAUGUCCUUAAUAUACCUAUAAACACUAAGUGA